UCAACUGAGGUAACAACAACCACAGCUGAACCAACAACAACCACAAUUGUGCCAACUACAUCAACCACAAAUGAACCAACGACUACAACAGAGGCAACAACAACAAUUGAACCAACAACAACCACAAUUGAGGCAACAACAACCAAAAAUGAACCAACAACAACCACAACUGAGCAAACAACUUCAACAACAAAUGAACCAACAACCACAAUAGAGCCAACAUCUUCAACCACAAAUGAACCAACAACUACAACUGAGACAACAACUUCAACCACAAUUGGGCCAACUACUUCAACUGAGGUAACAACAACCACAAUUGUGCCAACUAUUGCAACCACAAAUGAACCAACAACUACAACUGAGGCAACAACCACAAUUAAGACAACCACCACAAUUGAGGCAACAACAACCACAUUUGAUCCAACAACAACUACAAUUGUGCCAACUACUUCAACCACAAAUGAACCAAUGACUACAACAGAGGCAACAACAUUAAUUGAACCAAAAACAACCACAAUUGAGACAACAACUUUAACCAUAAUUGUGCCAAUUACUUCAACUGAGGUAACAACAACCACAACUGAGCCAACAACUUCAACCACAAAUGAACCAACGACUACAACAGAGAUAACAACAACCACAACUGAGCCAACAACAACUACAAUUGUGCCAAUUACUUCAAUCACAAAUGAACCAACAACUACAACUGUGGCAACAACAAUUGAUCCAAAAACAACCACAAUUGAGGCAACAACUUCAACCACAAAUGAACCAACAAUCACAAUUGAGGCAACAACAACCAAAAUUGAGCCAAUAACAACCACAAUUGCACCAACUACUUCAACCACAACUGAACCAACAACAACCACAAUUGUGCCAACUACAUCAACCACAAAUGAACCAACGACUACAACAGAGGCAACAACAACAAUUGAACCAACAACAACCACAACUGAGGCAACAACAACCAAAAAUGAACCAACAACAACCACAACUGAGCAAACAACUUCAACAACAAAUGAACCAACAACCACAAUAGAGCCAACAUCUUCAACCGUAAAACCAACCACAAUUGAGCCAACAUCUUCAACCACAAAUGAACCAACAACUACAACCGAGACAACAACUUCAACCACAAUUGAGCCAACUACUUCAACUGAGGUAACAACAACCACAACUGAGCCAACAACUUUAACCACAAAUGAACCAACGACUACAACAGAGGUAACAACAACCACAACCGAACCAACAACAACCACAAUUGUACCAACUACUUCAACCACAAAUGAACCAACGACUACAACAGAAGAAACAACAAUUGAUCCAACAACCUCCACUGAGGUAAAACCAACCACAAUUGAGCCAACAUCUUCAACCACAAAUGAACCAACAACUACAACUGAGACAACAACUUCAACCACAAUUGAGCCAACUACUUCAACUGAGGUAACAACAACCACAACUGAGCCAUCAACAACCACAAUUGUGCCAAUUACUUCAACAACAAAUGAACCUACAACUGAGGCAACAACAACCACAAUUGAGACAACAACAACCACAAUUGGGGCAACAACAACCACAUUUGAACCAACAACAACCACAACUGAGCAAACAACUUCAACAACAAAUGAACCAACAACCACAAUAGAGCCAACAUCUUCAAUCACAAAUGAACCAACAACU